AUGUUCUGCUUCAACGGAGGCUUUGGCUGGGCAGAGCCAAACCUGCGAGGUGAGUCAAGUGCGCAGCGUGAUUUGCAGAAGUGUGGAGCAUGGCAGGAGCGCAGACAAGUGCACUUGGCGAUGGCAGGUAAGCUUGCACGACAGGCGAAGGAACAGCACAGCAAAUGUGAUCGUGGAUUUGUGCACGUUGUUGCUGGCGAGUGGAACCACGCAUUGAAAGCCCCAGACAGCAUCACCCAGCGGAACGUGACAAGGAUCAUCAAACAUCCAAGGUACUCGAGCGAGGCACCGUCCGACUAUGACUUUGCUCUGUUGGAGCUGGACAAAGCGAUGCCGAUCAACGAAUGCAUCGGCUUGGCGUGCUUGCCGUCCGAAGAGGACACACCUGGCCAGGGGUGCAGCAUAACUGGCUGGGGGGCAGCAGCAACAGGACCACGACCAAGCGUUUUGCAGGAGGCCUCAGUGACCACACUCACAAAUGAGCUGUGUACCCAGAAAUAUGCAGAACAAAACUCCAGCAUCACAGCUUCCAUGCUUUGUGCUUCUGGUCUCUCGGAGUCCGGCAUCACCGAUGCUUGUCACGGAGACAGUGGCGGGCCAAUGGUCUGCUCGGAGAAAGGUUUCUUCGUCGUUCGUGGCGUCACGUCUUGGGGCUUGGGCUGUGCCUCGCGCUAUCCCGGCGUCUAUGCUCGUGUCUACCGAGCCUUGGAUUGGAUCUACAACACCAUGGCUUCCAGUGAAGAGUUGCCAAAGAUCGACUUUCAUGGGCAGAUGUGGAGCGUCACCAAAGGUGCUUGUCAAAUUGACGAGAAGGGCUGCAUUGCAAGCCCUGGCUUUCCCUCAAACUACUCGGUGGACAGCUACUGUGCCAUCUCGGUGAAUUCAUCUUCAGCAGUGCCAAUACAUGUGGAAGAGUUUCGCACCGAACCUGGCUUUGAUCAGAUGCUGAUGAAUUGCGACUCCUUCUCUGGAAAUCGAAGUCCUGAGGGAAUCGCCGGUGUCCUUUCCGUCUUCUCCAGUUGGGGUGUUUUGGCCGCCCCGAUGUUUUUCACUCUGAGCGGUUUCUGUCAAUCCUACGCCAAGACGGUGGGCAGCAAGGAGCUAUAUUGGCACCGUGUUCUGCAACGUUCUGCACGGACUGUGAAGGCAGGGAUCUACCUCUUGUGGCAGUACAAGGUGUGCUGGACACCAGAGACCUCUGACCUCGUGCAUGGCCGAGUUGCAAAACGGCUGGUUGACUGUCUCCGGCGCAAUGAGGGUUUGUACGUCAAGUUUGGGCAGGCCAUGUCCACCAUGGACAUCGUGCUACCGCAGGAAUACAAGAACGAGCUGCGGACUUUGCAUGACCAAGCUGCUACCUUUGACUUUCCGGAGGUCCGAAAUGUCGUGGAGGGUGAGCUGGGCAAGAAAAUAGAGGACGUCUUUAGCGACUUCGAAGAGAAGCCCAUCGCCUCAGCCAGUAUCGCCCAAGUGCAUCGGGCAACGCUGCGGCCGGAAUUUGCAGCUGAUGGCCAAGGUUUACCCGUGGCUGUGAAGGUGCAGAAGCCAAACAUCAAAGCGCAGAAUGGCUGGGACUUGUUUCUGUACAAGAUCGUGCUUCUAGUGGUGGAACGUGCAUUUGACCUUCCAAUGGUGUGGACCUAUGACUACACCAGGCAACAGCUGUCUGACGAGUUGGACUUUCGCGUUGAAGCAGUUCAUGCCAAACGCGCACAAGAAGAGCUGGAUGCGUGUCGGCAUUUGAAGGGAAAGGUUGUAGUGCCCAAAGUGCAAGAGAAGGUCUCCGGACAGCGUGUUUUAGUCAUGGAGUGGAUCGAUGCUUUGGGCCCAGCAAGCGAUGCUGCGGCACUGCAAAAAGCGAACUUAAAGCCUUCAGACAUCAUGCGCACUGCCAUGGAGGCUUUUGGGCAUCAGAUCUUCAGUACUGGCCAUGUCCACUGCGAUCCCCAUCCUGGCAAUUUGUUGGUGCGCUUGAGCCCCCCAGGCUCAGCACAAAGGUGGCAGUUGGUGCUGCUGGAUCACGGCCUCUACUGUGAGCUGAACCCCAAACUGCGCCGUGAGUAUGCCGAUUUCUGGGUGUCCGCUGCCCUUGGAGACACCGAAAAGACUGUGAAGAUUUGCAGUCAGUGGGGUAUCGUUGACCAGGACGCUGCUGAGCUCUUUGCUUCUCUGACCCAGUUUCGCCGUGUCCGCCUGGGCGGCGUUGGUCGGUUGGCCAAUUUAGCACAACUCUACAGCGGGAACAGCUCGGCCAUACCGGACGAGGUGAAAACCAAGAGGGCAAAGAUGACCCCCAAGCAACUGGCUGAGGCACAAACACAGCUGAAGGCUCGAGCCAAGAAGAUCUUGGGUGACACCAGCGCAUUUCCGCGAGAGUUGCUCUUUGUCGGCCGCAGUUUGAAUAUGAUCCGCUCCGCAAACUUUGCCUUGGGCACUGCCGUCAAUCGCGUGGCCAUCUUGGCAGAGUGUGCAGCUGCAGGAUCCACUCUUAACAAUGACGCUCUCUCAAAGCGCUUCGAAAUCAUGAAGUUCCAUUUGCGCGUUCAAAGUUUGUUAGGCCUUUACUGCCUGGUUCAAUGGUAUCAGUAUGUGGAGGCCAAUGCUGCUACUGCACUGGCAGCUUCAGCUGGGCUGGCGCUGGGCGUUGCACCGCUGGUCAUGGGAGUGGUGCCAUUUUCCUGGAGGAAGGAUGGCUUGAAUUGUGACUUUCCACUGGCCUGGGAGUUACCAGUGGAGCAGGUGGACAAAUUGCCACCGUUGCCCCCGGACUAUGGACCACAUGCAGGCACACGUUUUCAAGUCACUGCACCCUCCCAUUGGGCUGAAUGUGCUUCGAGACCUAGCCUGUUCGCGCAGCUGGAAGAGGAUUUCAUCACUGCUUUCGUUGUUCGCAUCAUGGCCUGGUACCCUUACUAUGCCAUCAGCCUGAUUUUCCUGGCCACCUACUUCUUUUCCUACAGUGCGUGGGACUGGAGCAGCUUCACGGCGCAGUUCUUCUUGAUCAGUGGUGCCUUUGAAUCGCGCAAGGUAACCUUUCCAUACCUGCCAUGCAGCUGGUGGUUCAGCCUUCUUGCUGUCUACACACUGGGUUGGUAUCCGAUGCACACAGUGCUGAAGGGAAGCGUCAACUCCGUGAUUUGGACCAUGUUCACAGUUGUUGUCAUACCUUCUGUUCUGCUGGAGUACCUGUUCAUGUCUGAAGAACCCCUCUUUCAGAUGAUCCAGUACUCUCCCUCCUACUUCUUUGGACAAGCCUUGGCAGUUUGGCAGGUGGUAACACCUGGAGCCCGCAUCGGCCAACCUCAGUUUGCAGAGCCCUGGCUCAAUGUGGCAACGGAUGGACAGAACGUGACAGACUACUGGGAGCACAUGCCAGAGCUUGGAGUUUGUGUUCAUCAUCACCUGCAACCUCGCAAGAAGUUCCAGGACAAGCCGAAGGAGCAACAGAAGAUGAAAGCCUGCGCAGGGGAACCUGCACCUUCAACAGUGUCGGGAUCUCAGCAACGCGCAGGGGACUUGCAAAGCACCGCGCCUCAGUGGCCAGAUGCGGAACCUGAGUUGGCUUUCGUUGCAGGAGGUCUACCAGCCCAGGGCAAAGAAAAAGGCGAAAGCGAAAGCAGGCACAACGGUACGAUGCACGUGGGCACCGUCUACGGCAACUUGACUGCCUUUGUUCAAACUCCGCACCACAGGCCAAAACGGCGUCAGUCCAAGCUGGACAAGGUGGAGCCUGAUGGAUUACCAGUGGAGCAAGCGGCGGCGUCCGAUGAAGAGGCCACGAGUUCCAUUUGCACCAGCACCGCGGCCACGUGUCGGGCCAACAGCACCAUCAGCGAUGCUUGCGAUGGCAAGGCAGUUGACUAUGUUGAGUAUGUUGAGUUGAAUAGGCCUGACAAGAGUUGGAACAAGCGCCCGCCAGAGAAGCUGGAACCUUUGAAGGAGCCGCUCCGCCAGCUCGUCUGCACUGAGCCAGGGCAGUGGCAGUGUUCGUGGUCUGCUGCGAUCUGCCAGUGGGCCAUUGAGCCCUUUUCGGCGCGACAUUCCUGUGCCAAAAGCCUUGCACCCAAGCAGCUUUCAAAGACGAACACGACCUAUGGACGCCUCAAGUGCUUUGAGGCAGCUGCAGGUGCCGACCUCAGCCACAUGUUGAGGAGGUCGUCUUUGGGCAGCAAAUGGCAGCUGUUCAAAGAGCCCGCUCCUAGAACCGUGGAUGAGGUGUUCGGAAGCCAACCUGUCCGUCGACGUCCAUCAGAUAGCAUCAGGGUCAAGCUGGCGCGGGAGGACUUUUGGACCUUGGGAGCAAAAUCUGCUAUGCGGAAAGGCUACUCUCGACACUUGCGAGAAGGAGGGGUGUGUGCUGUGGCAGCUGCAUCGAGCUGCGAGCUGCUAGCAGAAAUUUGCCCAAUGGGUGUUGAAGGAGUGAGCUUCGAUAGUUUAGGGCGCGUUGAGGACCUUUCAGGGAUCAAGAUUCAAUGGUCCUGGGUGAACGGACUCCUAAGAUGCCAGGUCUUGCAUGUGGCGGAUGGCGAGCAAGGUCCAACAGGCACAAGCUCCGAGCCAAACGCCUUGAUGAAGUCAACCAUGUCCCGGAGAGGCAUGACAACAGGUGAAGUCAGUGGAGUGAGUAGCCGUGGAGGGCGGAGUUAUACCUUGAAAGAGAUGGCCACCUCGGAGUCCAUUCUACGAGCCCGUUUGGUGGAUGCCUUCAACCGUCUGGCAGAUGCGAAGGAGCUGCACCGAGAUGUUUUGCCUCAAGCAUUAGGCCUCGUGGGCUGGGCUAUGACCAAGGAAAUUCGGCGUCUCGUAGAUGAGGCUUACAACAGCCUUUUCCAGUACAACACGAUGAAUCAAAACGAGUUUAUGACAUUUUUUGCAAAAUUCCGGCAGCUCGAGAAGCAGCGAGCCAAAAACGCCUUUACUGCCUUCGAUGCCGACCGCAGCGGCAGCAUCGAUUUCGAGGAGCUCGGCGCACUUUUCGAAUCUCAGGGCAUUUUUCCAUUGCAGCAUGUCAUCUAUGAGCUUGCCAUGGAGGCUUGUGAUGGCAGCUUGGUGGAUGGCUUGGAUUUUAACGCCUUUCAGCGCGUCCUGGAGAUCCUCAGAGAAAGGGAAGGCUUCACUCGCGAGGAGCGCGCAUUUUUUGAAGAUGUCUUCGACAAAUGCGACGGUGAUGGCAGUGGCUCUCUUGACACCUUGGAGAUUGGCCGGGUGUUGGUGAGCCUUGGCUACUCGCGGGAGAUGAAGUUUGAGGAAAUCUUGGCAGAGGUCGAUAUUCAACAGAAAAAUCAGCUGACCAAGCAGGAUUUCUUAGUUUUCAUGAGGAAAAUUCGGGAGAGGGACACUGAGCAUAUCAGGAACUACUUCAGGGAGUGCGAUACUGACGAUGAACCUGGACUUGAUGCCCGCGAGAUCGCCACAUUGAUUCAAUCCUUGGGAUAUUUACCAGACAUGAGCUGUAUUCUGGAGACUCUGCACCAGUUGGACAUUGACAAUCCGGAGAAGGAUCUGGACUUCGAGGAGGUCUGGCGGUUCCUUGAGAUUUAUCGACGCCAGUCAGGUCUCACUUUGGCAGGCGUGGCAGAGGCGAAGGCGACCUUCCAGAAGUUCUCUGACGAUGUCGCUGUCGGUGUGGACAUGAUGUUUCAGAUGGUGCACAACAUGGGCUUUGAUCUUCACUACCACGAGGUGCGAAAACUGAUGUAUUUGGUGGAGGGCAACGCCUCCGGCGUGAUGAAUGAGCAGGAAUUUGUCCGUGCAGUUGGGCACUUGAAAGACAUGGAGCUCCGGCAGAUGUGGAAGGUGGUGCAUGAAGAACCUCAGAGCAAUGCAGCGCGAGAACUGAAGAAUUUGUUUGAAAGCGAGAUGUGUGGCACUGACAUGCCGAAGGUGACCCUCAUGGACUUCAUACCAUGGGCCACGCGUGUCCGAGAAUCGCAGCGAGAGCAAGUGCGAAGCCAACAUGGAUUCGGCAAGGAGGAAGUUGAGUCUUUCCGGCAGGACUUCCAAGAACAUUCGAAAGGAAACACGAUACGCCCGUUGGAUUUGAGGCGUCUUCUCACGGAGAAGUUCCCCAUGAUGGCGGACAAACGUGCUAUGAAGGACCACCGAUCCAAGCUGAGUGAGAUUCUCGCCGACAAAGGGCCUGUGAAGCUGCUGGAGUUUUUGGCUUUGGCAAGGAUUUGUCAUGACAUUAUUGAGUUUGACAAGUUGAAACGAGAACGCGAUGCAAUCCAGAUCACCGGCUUCACCUCUGCAGAAGUUGAUGAAUUCCGCGGCCUCUUCAUGGAUCAUUCCACUGACUCCGGCCUGCCCGGUAGCUAUCGAAACCGCAUCACCUUCAAGGAGCUCAAAACGUUGUUGCACAAUGUGAUCCCUCUUGGUGAUGGCAAUAUUCAGGUUUUGAAAAGGCACCUGCGUCUGGUGCACAAGCACGCUGGAGACGAUUCUGUGAACUUUGUGGAGUUUCUUCACCUGAUGCGACACUUGCUGGAUGUGAACUUUGCCGGAAUUGCGGAGCUAAGCAAGACCAGGACUGCCGAUGAUGGAAAUGAUUUGUCUUGAGGAACCCCUGAACCCAUGCCCGCCAUGAGCCAGCUUGAGCCAAUGUAAAACAUCUUCAUUUUAUCUUUGGAAAGAGUGGUCAAUGAGGCACUCAGUCUCCAGGAAAUGUGUUAGUGAACCUGCUGGGUGCAUGCUACCAUCAGGAAUUGCGAGC